AUGGCGGUGGCCACGGCAGCCGGCCUGGCCACGAACGUGUUUCCUUUCCGCGAUGCCCGCGCAGCGCCAGAUCCGGUGCUGGAGGCCGGCCCGGUGGCACACGGGUCACUGCCGGUGCCACUGGUGCUGGACAAUGGGUCGUUCCAGGCCCGCGCAGGCUGGGCGUGCCCCGGGCCGGACCCGGGGCCCGAGCCCCGGCUGCAGUUCCGCGCUGUGUGCGCCCGCGGGCGAGGUGGGGCUCGGGGCGGGGCGGGCCCGCAGGUGGGGAACGCGCUGGGCAGCCUGGAGCCGCUGCGCUGGAUGCUGCGAUCGCCCUUCGACCGCAACGUGCCGGUGAACCUGGAGCUUCAGGAGUUGCUUCUUGAUUACAGCUUCCAGCAUCUGGGUGUCUCCUCACAGGGCUGUGUUGAUCAUCCCAUAGUUUUGACAGAAGCCGUGUGCACCCCACUAUAUUCACGACAGAUGAUGUCUGAACUUCUCUUUGAGUGCUACAGGAUCCCUAAGGUUGCCUAUGGGAUAGACAGCCUGUUCAGCUUCUACCACAAUAACCCAAAGAACAUGAUUUCAAGUGGGCUCAUCAUUUCGUCUGGUUAUCAGUGUACACAUAUUUUACCCAUCUUAGAAGGGAGGUUAGAUGCUAGAAACUGCAAGCGCAUCAACCUGGGAGGAAGCCAGGCAGCUGGCUACCUCCAGCGUCUCCUGCAGCUGAAGUAUCCCGGGCACCUGGCCGCCAUCACUCUCAGCCGCAUGGAGGAGAUCCUCCACGAGCACAGCUACAUCGCCGAGGAUUACGUGGAAGAGCUGCAGAAAUGGCGGUGCCCCGAUUACUAUGAGAACAACGUGCACAAGAUGCAGCUGCCGUUUUCCAGCAAGCUCCUGGGCAGCACCCUGACCUCUGAGGAGAAGCAGGAGCGGCGGCAGCAGCAGCUGCGGCGGCUGCAGGAGCUCAAUGCCCGGCGGCGGGAGGAGAAGCUGCAGCUGGAUCAGGAGCGGCUGGACCGGCUGCUCUAUGUGCAGGAGCUUCUGGAGGACGGCCAGAUGGAUCAGUUUCACAAGGCCCUGAUAGAGCUGAACAUGGACUCCCCGGAGGAGCUGCAGUCCUACAUCCAGAAGCUCAGUGCCGCAGUGGAGCAGGCGAAGCAGAAGAUCCUUCAAGCAGAAGUCAGCCUUGAGGUGGACGUGGUGGACAGCAAGCCAGAGACUCCUGACCUGGAGCAGCUAGAGCCGUCUCUGGAAGACGUGGAAAACAUCAACGAUUUCGAGCCCCUGUUUUCGGAGGAGACGCCGGAAGUGGAGAAGCCAGUGACCACAGUCCAGCCCGUGUUUAACUUGGCAGCGUAUCAUCAGCUGUUUGUUGGGACAGAAAGAAUUCGAGCUCCAGAAAUUAUCUUCCAGCCAUCUCUCAUUGGAGAGGAGCAGGCCGGCAUAGCAGAGACCCUCCAGUACAUCCUGGACAGGUACCCGAAGGAUGUUCAAGAGCUGCUGGUUCAGAACGUUCUCCUCACUGGUGGGAACAUGAUGUAUCCUGGGAUGAAGGUCAGAAUCGAGAAGGAACUGCUGGAGAUGAGGCCUUUUCAGUCUUCUUUUCAGGUUCAGCUGGCCGCAAACCCCGUGCUGGACGCCUGGUACGGAGCUCGCGACUGGGCCUUGGACCACCUGGACAACGAGGAUGUCUGGAUCACCAGGAAGGACUACGAAGAGAAGGGGGGAGGCUACCUCAGGGAGCACUGCGCCUCCAACGUGUACAUCCCCAUCCGCCUGCCCAAGCAGGCUUCGCGCUCCGCAGAGGCCCAGGCAUCCGGCAAGGGCUCGGGAGCCAGUGGAGGCGGGGCCGGGGAGCAGGCAUAG